CCUCAAAGCAGCCUACGUUUUCAUCAUCCGCUGAGGAAAAGUAGCAUGGCAGUCUAGGGCGCGCGAAAGCAACGGUUGAAAUGCUACUUCUUCUGAUUUAAAGUGUCGUGGGAUUGGCUGGGUAGAGGUUUGUUGGUAAACAGCAGGCUGGCCGGUGAGUUAGUGACAGCUUUUGUGUUUUAUUCUAGUUGAAAGAGCCGAAGAGGCCAAGAUGGAGUUUUAAGGCAAUAAUGCGGUAACUGCACGGCAUCGGCAUGCACCAGGCAAAGAAAAGCGAUUUGCGGGACUUCACCAUCACAACUGCCAAGCAGUUGGGCUCUGAUACCGUCCGCGGUAUAGCCGUGAGCCAACCGAUACCUCUCCUGCUAGACAGGAGGAAGCUAACGCUAGCCAGUUAGCCUGUGGGCCCAUUCAGUUAGCGCGAAGAAGCUGUUACAUCAAAGCGUAAACUACUACUCUUUCUAUCCUCACACCAUCCUGUAAAGAUGAAACCUCAAGACAUCGUCGCUGGAAAAUCCAGUCUGUGGAUCUUUGGCUACGGCUCGUUGGUUUGGAAACCAGACUUCAAGUACAAGAGGAGCAAGAUCGGUUAUAUUAAGGGGUACAAGAGACGCUUCUGGCACGGGGACAAUUUUCAUCGUGGAGAUGAUGAGAUGCCCGGAAGAGUGGUGACGCUCAUCGAGGAGGAUGACGCAUGCACCUGGGGUGUUGCCUUCGAAGUGACUGGCUCUCAGGUCGAGGAAUCUCUCAAAUAUCUGAACGUAAGGGAGGCGGUAAGAGGCGGCUACCUGACCCGGGUCGUAGAGUUCUUCCCGCGGGGCACGAACCAGUCACCUGUCCAGGCUCUGGUUUACAUCGCCACGCCUGACAACCCUAUUUACCUGGGGCCUGCCAGCACAGAGGAAAUUGCUGCUCAGAUCGGUGUGUGCAAGGGGAAGUCGGGCCACAACAUUGAGUACCUGCUUCGCCUGGCGGAGUUCAUGAGAGUCAGCUGCCCUGAUGUGGACGACCCUCACCUGUUCUCCAUUGAGGCAGCUGUUCACACCACCAUGAGACCCAUAUUGUUAGCAGGCUAGACACCUGUAUCUUCUGUAAAACAUUAAAUAGGUCAACAUUUAGUCCAAACACUAUUAAUGUCCUAGCAUUAAGUUAAUGUUGCCAUCCUUGAGGUGUGAUUGUGAUUUAGUGGCUUUUUAAAUAUGUAAUUCUCCCUAUACCAAGCUAUUAAAACUUACUGUACUACAGUAAAGAUACUGUAUUAAGGGAACAUGGUGUUUUAGGCUGUCUGUUGUUGUUCUAUAGUGUGACAUCAUGCAUACUGUCAGUUCUCAUUGUUUUGUGCUCUUGACCCAAGUAUAUGAUGCUGUAGUACAAAUGCAUGCUUGUGUGACAAUGUAUUGCCGAAGUUUGUCCAGUUCUAAAGCUGUUCGCAUUUUUGUUUUGAAUAUGUGGGCAUGAAACCUCUAUACACUUCCAUUUUAAUUUGCACUGAAGCAGAAUACUGUUAAACCAUUACAAUGGUUUUUCUUUUGCACAUUAAAACCUUCAGAGAACCUGUAA